AUGAGGAUGAGGAACCUCUGGACCAAAGCAGGUGUUCUGGGCUCGGUGUCCAUGGCGUUUGGAUCCAUGCUCUGGUCUCAUAAGAAGACAGAACCAACUCAGACGGAUUCGGGUUCGGCCCCUGCAUGCACGGAACCACCUUUUCCUUACGAGCUCAAAAUUCGUGCAAGUCCUGUUCCACCACGGAGCACGAACUCCGCUGAAGUCUAUAUACCAGAUGUCAUGGAGGCCCAGUGGGUGCCUAACCUCCUGGAACCCCCAGCACACACACAGAUCAACUAUGUGGUGAAAGACCUGGAAGGAGGUCCACGGCCCUCCUCACCGGUGGAGGACAGCUACCGGGCCAACAUACUGACCGAGGGUACGUACCCAGGUCAGCUGACCACGGUGGGCAUGCAGCAGCUGUAUGAGCAGGGAGAGAGGCUGAGGAAGAGGUACAUCCAGGCCACAGCCUUCCUCAACCCCACCUUCAGCCCUACAGAGGUUUAUGUGCGUUCCACUAACAUUGUGAGAACCAUAGACUCUGCCAAGUGCCUGGUGGCAGGGCUAUUCCAUCAAAGCCAGAGCGACAUGGUUCCCAUUCUGACGACUGAGGCAGAGUCAGAGAUCCUGUACUACCACGGAUGCAGACUGCUCAAACUCCUCAGUGGUCAUCGCUGGGCGGCAUCAUCCACUCUGCCAGACAUCGCUGCGGACCUGAGGAGCAUCAAGAGCACCUCUGGGCAUCGCUGCCCCACCAACGGGUUGACUUCGUCCUCGUCAGGGACGACAUGGUGGCGAGAGAGACCCACGGCCUACCCUGCCCACCAGUCCUGGACUCCUGGAGGAACACAGUGGCGCAGAGAGCUGUGGAGAUGAUCUACCACAUCUACGAACCCAGCAAGAGGGAGAACCUGCAGCUGUGGACAACAUAGAAGACAAAUUACAGGACACAACCUCAGAGCCCAACAGGAAGCUGUUCCUAUACUCUGCCCACGACACCACUCUGAUACCCUGUCUCAUGGCUCUGGGGAUUUUUGACAUGCGAUGGCCACCGUAUGCUGCAGACAUCACCCUGGAGCUGCACCAGCACCGGCAGACCAAAGAGGCCUUCGUCAAAGUGUCAUACAUUGGCCAGGACCACUUGAUUCCAGGCUGUAAUGGAGUCUACUGCCCCCUGCAGGAGUUCAAGCAGGCCCUCUCCAACUACUCACUGACCUCUGAACUCUACGAGUCACUCUGCAACCACACAGAGGGC